AUGGCAUCUGAGACUCAGAGGGCUCCUAUGUUGCCCAUCUCCUUUUUUAAAGUUAUUCUUAGAACGAAUCUUCAAACUGUUAAAAUACCAAAUAUGUUUACAGCCAAAUAUGGAGAUGGUCUGCAAAAUCCUUUCUUCAUGAACCUUCCAAAUCAAACUCAAUGGAAAGUGAUUUGGGAAAAUGAAAGCGGUGAGAUUUUGCUGAAAGAGGGGUGGAAUGAAUUUACGGAACAUCAUUCCUUGGACCACGGAGAUUUUGUUUUCUUUGAAUACGUAGGAACAGAUCAGAUCAAUGUAAAUAUAUGUAAACAAAGUGGAGUAGAAAUGGACUAUCCACACGAAGAAGAGAACCCUGAACAAAUAGGAGGUGAGAGGUCUGUUCAAAGAACUUCAUCUCUGAAGCAGCCAAAUGAAACCAGGGCAAGAGAAGUAGCAUGCAAUUUCAUUUCAUGCAAUCCCUUUUUCACUGUUGUCAUCACACCUUCUCAUGUCAUGGAAUAUCGGAUGAACGUACCAGAUCUAGAAGGCAUUAUUGAAAAGAAGGAGUACGUGGUGCUGCAGCGUGGGGAAACAUCGUGGAGAAAAAGGAUGUUAUUUAAUAAUGCUCGUUAUAGAUUCGGUGCUGGAUUAGGAUGA